AUGGCAUUUGCUCUCAUCGUCCUCUUCCUCGGGCUUGAAUACCCCAAACCCACCAUCCGGGUGAGCCCCAGCAGGGUGGUGGCGCUCGGGGGAAGCGUUACCGUCCGCUGUGAGGGUUGGUACCUGGGCAUGGAGUUCUUUCUGCGUAAAGCUGGACACCCGAACCCGCAGGUGCAGACGGUGCCUGAUGGGACCGUGGCUGAAUUUCCCAUCCCCAGUGUCAGCUGGGAAGAUGGAGGGAGCUACACCUGCGACUAUCGCUCCAUAACGCAACAGAGUUACUGGUCGUAUCCCAGCGACCCCGUCGAGAUCAUUGUAGGAGCCAUGAUCGUCCUGUGUCGGGGGCAGCGCCGGGGCGUGCGGUUCGUGCUGAAUAAAGAGGGACACCAUUUCCCACCUGUGGAUUCGGUGAGGUUUGGGGCUGAGUUUCGCAUCAUCAACGUGCGCCAGGAGGACGGCGGGAGCUACAGCUGCUCCUAUCACAGCAGAUCGGAGCCGUUUGCCGUGUCGUACCCCAGCGACUCUGCGGAGCUAGUGGUGAGAGGCUCCAGCAGCAGCUGCUCUUCCCGCCCCCUGGUGGCAGAGGCCAGGUACUGCAGGGAAUCAGGUUUAGUGUCCGGUCAGCGGCACUGCCAGGUUCCCUGUUCAACCCACUUUCCGGCUGAAAACUGGGCACCGGCAACCCUGGGCCUGCGGUGCCGGCGCCAGAGACCAGCCCAUCCCAGCUUACCCAGACCCUCCAUUGCUCUGAGCCCCACCGGGGUCACCGCCCCAGGGGCAGACGUCACCAUCCGGUGUCAGGGGCAGCGCCGGGACGUGAGGUUCUUCCUGCACAAGGCUGGAGACCGGAACCCACAGCGACACAUGGACCCUGCUGGGACCCCCCAGCUCCUCCGGCACCUCCUGCCCUCAGGCCCCCCGGGGCGCCCGGAUUUCACUCACGCCAACAUCGCCCGCCUGGUGCUGGGCGCCGCGGUCCUGCUCGUCCUGGGGCUGAUCCUGGCCGAGGCCUGUUACAGCCGCCCGAGGGGGGCGCCCUAG